AUAAAAGAAAAAAAGAAAACAAGAAAAAAAAAAUAUAUAGAUAAAUCAUAAAUCAAUAAUCCAAAAGGAAAGUACAGGUAGAGAGCUUUCCUCUGCUUCUUCUUCUUCUUCUUGGGGCUUCGCAGCACCAGCUCAUCUUGUGCGUCGUUGUAAAUGGAUUGCAAUAUCAAAAGCUCAUCUUCUUAUCUACUUCCAGUUCCAGGGAAACCGCCUCCUCCGCUUCCAGAUUCUGUCUUCCCCGGAAAGCUCAAAUUACCUAAACUAAAACGCGUAAACCUGGGGGACCAUCGUCUGGUGAUGAGCAACGCUCGUGGGUCCGAAGAUAAUGGCCCUGGUAGUGGGUUUCCCCUUACCCCCUACAAAAUUUUCACGAAAGAGGCCAUUGGAGCUGAAUAUGGAGAAGGUUUCGAGACUUUCAGACCGGAUGGACUGCUCAAGGUUGACGUGGCUUUUCUGAACGAAAGAUUGCAGGAAGGUUUUCUUCAACGAAUCCGCUAUGCAAUGAAACCAGAUGAAGCGUAUGGUCUUAUUUUCUCAUGGGACAAUGUGGUGGCUGAUACUCGAGAUAUAGAGUUAAAUGCUUGGAAACAGCUUGCUUCUGAAGAGGGAAAGGAAAUUCCUGAAGAUAUUGAUGUGGAAAAGCUUAUGCUUUAUGCAGGUGCUGAUCAUGUACUGCAUAAGUUGUUUCUUUGGGAUAAAGCUGAACGAGAAUUGGAUAGAUUGAAGCUAAGGCUUUCACAAAUAUAUUAUGAUAAUCUUCUCAAACUUAGCAAACCCAUGGAGGGGCUGGUUGAAUGGCUGGAUGCAGUAUCAACAGCUCGUAUACCUUGUGCUGUUGUGUCAAGUCUUGAUCGGAAAAACAUGGUUGAAACGCUAGAACGUAUGGGACUCAGCAAGUAUUUCCAGGCAAUUGUGACUGAGGAAGAUGGCAUGGAGUCAAUAGCUCAUAGAUUUCUUUCUGCAGCUGUAAAGUUGGACAGGAAACCUUCCAAGUGCGUGGUGUUUGAGGAUGACCCUCGAGGCAUAACUGCUGCUCACAACUGUACAAUGAUGGCUGUUGCAUUGAUCGGUUCUCACCCUGCGUAUGAUUUGGUGCAGGCAGAUCUAGCAGUGGCCAGCCUUAGUGAGCUUUCUGUCAUAAACCUGCGGAGACUAUUUGCUCACAAGGGUUCUGCCUUCAUGGAUCUGCAGAAGCAGAUUAUUGAGAAAUCUCCUCCCAAAAGAAAGCUUACCGUUGACACCAUAUUUUGAUCCAUUUUGACACCACACCCUUUCCUCAACUUCCUGUAACUUUUGCCCCACUCCCUUUUUAUCCCUACAAAAAAAUAAAAUAAAAUAAAAUAAAAUAUGGUUGUAUCACAUUCAUAUUAGUUCGUUAUAGUUCUAUAAAUUUCAUUUCUAUC